AUGAAUGUGUCUGACAUUGCUUUUGAGUCUGUCAACCGUUUACCAAAUUCAUCAGUGUUCCUUAACAGUAGCUUUUCUAGAUAUUCAUUCGCCAUGCUUAAAAUCAUUUCCCGCUGUACUUUUCCCUUUUUUCCUCCGCCUAAUGUCUUCGCAACGCCCACCAUGAGCCUUCCCUUCUCCCUGUGGGCGUUCCCCUCCGCCCUCAACUACGCCCAUUUCUCAGUGCCAGCGACGUCCGUGGGCCCUCUGCCCAUGUUCGGACCGCCCAAGCCCUCCUCGGAAAUCCACUUCUUGGAGGCUCCCGUUCUCUCUCCGAAGCCCCACUCCUCCGGCCCCCACCACGGACCCCCACCGACCUCUUACGGACCCCCCGAUCUGCCCCCUCCUCCCCCCUCUUUUUCCUCUGGCCCUCCGAACCCCCACCCUCCCCCUUCCACGUCCUACGGAGCACCCCCGCCACCUCGGCCCUCGACAUCCUACGGAGUUCCUUCAGGAGGGCACCACGCAUCGGGACCGACGGUGCACGUGGACUUCCACGCGCCUUUCGAGUACUGCGAAGGAGACUUCAAGCCCCUGCCGCCCUCGGGCAGCUACGGCCCUCCUCCCCAUCGACCCAGACCCUUCAGGAACCGACAGAGUCCUUUCAAGCAGUUCCUCGGUAUGAUGGGGAUCAAGGGCUAG